GUGGCGUCACUGUCCGCGCUAACGCGACUAUGGUGGAGAUGAUGGAGAGGAAGCAGAGCCAGGUGCUGAACCUCGAGCGAGUGCAGGCGCUGGAAACCUGGCUGAAAACAACCAAUACAAAACUGGCUCAAGUAAAUGGCCAAAGGAAGUACGGAGGCCCACCUGAAGGGUGGGACGGCCCCGCCCCAGGAGCCCGCUGUGAGGUCUUCAUCAGCCAUAUUCCAAGGGAUGCCUACGAGGACCUGCUCAUCCCCCUGUUCAGCUCUGUGGGCCCACUGUGGGAGUUCAGGCUCAUGAUGAACUUCAGCGGGCAGAACCGCGGCUUCGCAUACGCCAAAUACAGUUCGUCGGCUGUAGCUUCUGACGCGAUCCGCCUGCUGCACGGCCACAUGCUGGAGCCCGGCUUCUGCCUCAGCGUCCGCCGCAGUACAGAGAAGAGACACCUCUGUGUCGGAGACCUGCCAGCCACCACCAGGCAAGAGGACCUACUCCAGGUCCUGCGUGAGCUGGCAGAGGGUGUGGAGAGAGUGUCUCUGAAGGCCGGGCCUGGUAUAGAGGGAGUGUCAGCCAUAGUGGCCUUCUCAUCCCACCACUGUGCUUCUAUGGCCAAGAAGAUGCUGGUGGAAGCGUUCAAGAAGCAUUUUGCGCUGACCGUCUCGGUCAAGUGGCAGUCCACAGCGAAUGUGAACCCGGACGAUCCACUGCCUGCACAGAAACCUCCAGAAGGCCUCCUGGCGCCCCCCCAUUCAAAUUCCCCAGGGCCCUCAGCCCUGCCUCCUCGUCUGGCCGGCCACGCAUCCAUUACCCCGGGUUUCUGCAGGGCAGUGGGAGGACCCGCUACCCCCCCAUACCCUCACCCUCCCUGCUCCUCUUCCUCCAAGGGGCAGCUAGUUUCGGCAGGAUCGCCAGUGAUGCUCCUGCAUAAGGUGUGUGAGGCGACUGGGGUUGGCCAGCCGCUCUAUGAGAUGUACUACAGCCAUGCUGGGCCGGAUGGAUUCCUCUACUUUAGCUACACGGUGUGCAUCCCCAGGUUAACCGCGCCCUUCAAAGGGCUGGUAAUGAUCCUGCCGGGACCCACUGUGACCGCCACGCUGGAGGAAGCUCGGCAGGCUGCAGCCAAACAGGUCCUGCUGAGGGUUUAAGAGAACCAGCUCGCCCGCUGACGACUUAGCGAAUACUGUUUCAGAAUCUGUUAGUUUAGUCUAAGAUGUUAUGUAUCCAAAGAAAAGAUGUUUGAUUUUAAAUGGAGUUUGUUCAUUUCUGCAUGUUUUUAUUAGAGUUGUAGUGGACCCGUUUGUCUCGUUUGAACUUCUGCAGUUUGUUUUAUGCAUGCUUUUCUUUUUGUGUGUUAUUGUUGG